AUGAGUAAUGAAUUUAAAGCUGCAGUAUGGUUAUUAAACCUGGCAUUAGAGAUCAAAAAUGCAAAAUCGAUAUCGAUUACUAACGAAGAAAAAUCACAAGGUUCGCAAGAUUCAAAAAGUUUACAAUAUCAAGAUUCUCAAGUAGAAAUUAUUCAGCAUAAAAAAUACCAGUUGCAAGAAGAAUUUGCGCAAGAACUGAUCAUAGAAUUAGAACGCUAA